AUGAUAGCUUCGUCUUCGCUACUUUCACUUGGCGAGCCUCUUAAUGCGACUGGAUGUGAGCGCGCGAAGGAUAUUGCACGGCUUGCCCUGUUUAAGCAUGACCUUGCCAAAUGUCGAAGAACCGUUCGGCCCUCUGAAAUCCCUACCGACCUCGAAGAGCACGCUGAAGCCUCAACUAUCAGAGGACGCGUCCUUACCGCUGACAGACCCAGUUCAUUCGAUUUCUUCGGCGAACAAGGCACGCGAAAGGAAAAGUCACGGUCGCCCUCCGUCAAGAUCGAAGCUCCCGAAGCUGAUCCUGAACCCAGCGAUUCCAGCAGGAGCUCGGCUUCAACAAUCCACGUCUCUUACUACAGCGAAACAUACGAUAUGCUGAUUGAUUGGCUCACCCGCGAGCAAAAUAUGGAUAAUGCUCACUCCUUGAUCGCUCGCGCGGGAUAUUCGCACAGAACGAUCACUCGAGACUAUGCCAAGAAGAAGCCCCUCUCUUUUUCUCCCUGGGGCGGGUCGUUUUUCUUCUGCCACAAGAGGCACCUACUUAGAUUCACCUGUGAGGUGGAGGAGCAUCGAGAAAGAAUCGCCAUCUCAUGUUUCGGCCUAUCUAAGCAAUCUACGCGUUUCCUAAAGGAGCUCAUCGAAGAAUGCCGAAGAGAGUCUCUCGAGGCCAAUCACAGAGAUGUGUCGGUCUUUGAACACCGAGAGGGCGAAUGGAAGAGAGCUUGUGUAAAGCUGGCGAGGCCGAUUUCCACAGUCAUCAUGGACGAACACGUGAAAAACGAGUUCGUGAAAGACGUGGAAGACUUCUUGGAUGAAUCCAUGCAGAUAUGGUACGCUGAACGCGGCAUCCCUUAUCGACGAGGAUAUCUUUUCCUUGGGCCUACUGGCACUGGGAAGUCGAGUUUGAGUUUCUCGAUUGCGGGCGAAUUCAACCUGGAUAUCUACACACUUAGCAUAUCAGGGGUCAGCGAUAGUACACUGGCCAAGCUGUUUGCGGAUCUCUCUCAGCAGUGCAUUGUUCUCAUUGAGGAUGUGGAUGCUGCCGGCAUGGAACGGAGAGACGACCGUGAUGCAGGCCAAACGACAAACUCAAGUGGAGUAACGCUGUCCGGACUCUUGAAUGUUAUAGAUGGUGUGUCUUCCCAAGAAGGCCGUGUGCUAAUCAUGACAACAAAUCAUAUCGAGCGUCUUGAUAAAGCGCUCACUCGAGAGGGGCGUGUUGACAAAACAGUGUAUUUCGAGCUUGCCAGCAGGGAUGUUACAUCUCGACUCUUCCACAGGGUCUUUUCCCAGAUGCCCGGCUCCCAUAAGCACUCAACUGAAGAAAUCGACGACGAAAUAAUUAAGACGCUUGCUAGCGAAUUUGCCGCCAAGGUCCCAGAGGAGGUCUUCAGUCCGGCGCAACUCUUGUCCUUUCUGCUGGAACGCAAGAAAUCACCCGCGAGAGCCGUUUCGGAAGUGGAGGAAUGGAUAGAGAAAGCACUGCAAUCAGCAAGGGAAAUCAAGGGAGGGAACGCCACUGGACAGAACCAAGACAAGACGCCUCUACCAACUGCCGCGGCUGAGAAUCCCGAGUCAGCUGCCUGGCCAGGGAAGCCGUCAACCAUUCCCGGUCUUCCCACCCCGCCACCUGGUGCACACAAACUAGACAACCAGUUAGCAAAGGCCACUAAUGAAGUGGACGACCUUGUAGCCUGCAAGCCUAGGUUCAAAAAGGUAUUUGAAAUCUGGGACAAGAAAAUAUCCAACUACAUAUUGGUCGAAUCACUCCAACCGCGUGAAGCAGAAGAGGAUGAUUUUAGUGGGUAUGAAUUUGUUGUUCGCCAACAUAUCGACCCGUUCUCCCGAAAGUCCACAAUAUUUGUUGAUGUGAAGUCCAAGUCUCUGCACGACCUCCUGCGUGAGGUACUAGAGAAGGUCAAGGCAGUUAGUGUGUUGGAACCCAAGCCCGCUAUUGAACAGAUUGUCUUGUUCCAUUUCCUACCUGAGCUCAAGUCUAAGCUUGACCAACUAACUCACUGCGAGCAAUCAACAGAUACCGCAGAUCCGAGAAAUCCCCCAAGAGGGAUUGAGCACCUCCGUCUCCUCGUCGACUACAUUGAAAAGGCUUAUGCACCGACCAUGGAACGCCUCACGCCUUUAUUACAGCGCGGAGAGAUUACUUAUGAUCUUCUUGAGUUUCUCUUCAAACCGGGAUGCCACGUGUACACGAAGUGUCCGGGGACUGGAAAGUCUCGCUGCGUAGUUUAUAACGCCGCAGAAGAGAUUACACGAGCAGACGGCACGCAUCUUAGACUCGACUGUUAUUAUCUUGACCAUGACGACCAUAAAAUCGGGGAGGUAGAGAUCGAGCUGGGAAUUGUCAAGUUUCGAGGGCGCAAACCAAUCCACACCCUGGAGGCAUUUCCACUCCAACACCACCCAGACUGCGAACAAAUUACUCAAGACCUGCAGAAGUGCGGUCGCAAGUUUAGCCAAUUCAUCAGACGCUGCAAGGAAGACAUCCUAAUGCAACACUGCAAGGGCACUGCUUUUAUCAUGAAGAAUGGGAAGCCGCUGGCAUCGAACAUUAACAGUCUUGUGGCAAUCAAUCCAGCCUUAUUUUAUGAAAUAAUGCCGAACUACUAUUGCCCACGAGUCUCCAACUGCUGGGACCAACAUUUGAUUACCGAGGACGAAUGUCUCAUAUGCUGUCCGACGGUUCAAUGCUUUGUCUUCAACGAGAAACGCUUCUGUGAGUAA